AUGCUGAUCGUGUUCUUCGAUAUUAACGGCAUCGUGAUGACUNAAGCGUUAUUUGGCCGCUUAAGGCACUCCAGUACUCGAACACGCGUCUUACUCACCCGACUUGGCACCCUGCGACUUUUACUUGUUUCCGAAGAUAAAGUCUUAAAAGGAAUCCGGUUUGAGUCGAUGGAAGAGGUGAAACAAAAAUCAGUGGAACUCCUGAAUGGUCUUACGAAAACAGACUUCCAGUACUUUCUCGAGCAAUGGAGGAAACGAAUGAAACGGUGUGUGGCGAGAGUAUAUUGA